UUUUUUUUUUUUGUACUUUUUUCAAAUCUAGCUUCUCUUUAAGACCCCUUUUAAGGAAAUAAAUAAAUGAAAUAACAGUGACAAAGCAAUAGGACGAGAAAGAAACUUGUUCCUGAGCUAAAAUGUCGGUUUGUGGGGAUUAACAGGUCAGCUUUCGUGUGCAACAUAUGGCAUUUUACUAGUUUCUUUUUUGAACCCGUGUCACUUGCUUGUCUUGGCUUGCAUCAUCAACCCCAAAACUAACACAGGGGAUUCCAGUUGAGCUGGGGUCAGUUCAAUCUGCUGUCUCAAGAUAGGUUCCUUAAUCUGAUCUUAUCAAUGUGAGCUUUAGUUAUUCAGAGUGCCAAACUGCAACACCCUUCUCUGGUGUUUCUGCAUAAUUUGGACAAGAUUGCUACUUAUUUUGAGUUUCAUGGUAUCUCUGCAACUCAUGCUCAGUUUCUAGUCCUUCAAAAGCUGCUUGGUUCAGUUCCGGGUUUCACCUAAUGCUGCUGCUGUAUAUGCUUCCAAUGGCUAAAGGAUUCAAGCAUCAGGCAUUUCUAGUUCUUGCUAUAAUUUUACUUUUAAUCAAUCAGUCAGAGCAGCUAGAAUCAUCCCAGACUCGAACUCUUUUACGAGUUCGAUCGCUUCUGAAUUAUCCUGAUAUCUUGAGUGGCUGGAAUAGCACAAUCGACUUCUGCAACACCGAACCAACAUCCCAAGUAACCGUGGUGUGCUAUGAAGGAAGCAUAACUCAGCUGCAUAUAAUUGGUAGUAAAGGAACUCCUUUGCUACCUAAAAACUUUUCCAUGAAUUCGUUUGUAAAAGCACUUGUUAAGCUACCAGAACUGAAAGUUCUUACGUUAGUUUCUCUUGGUUUAUGGGGAACAUUGCCUGGUAAAAUUUUGCAUUUAUCCUCAUUGGAAAUACUUAACAUGACUUCAAAUUCGCUAUAUGGAACCAUCCCUGAUGAGCUUUCAUCUAUCACUAGCCUUCAAACUCUCAUACUUGAUGAUAACAUGUUCUCCGGUCGGUUACCUGAGUGGCUCGGUUUGUUUCCGGUUUUGACAGUUCUUAGUUUGAGAAAGAAUUUGUUCAAUGGCUCUUUGCCAGAAUCAUUCACCAGUUUGGAGAAUCUUCGAGUUCUUGUGCUUUCACAUAACCACUUCUAUGGGGAAGUGCCUGAUCUUAGCAGGUUGACAAAUCUUCAAGAGCUUGAUCUAGAAGAUAAUGCUUUUGGACCUCGGUUUCCUCAACUUAGCAACAAGUUGGUUCGCCUUGUAUUGGGAAAGAACAGAUUUCGAUCUGGCAUUCCUUCUGAAUUGAGCUCAUAUUACCAACUUGAAUGGCUGGAUUUGUCAUUCAAUAGAUUUGUUGGGCCAUUUAGUCCAUCAUUGUUAUCUCUACCUUCCAUUACUUACUUGAAUAUUGCAGACAACAAGCUCACUGGCAUGCUAUUUGAAAACACUUCUUGCAAUGUGGAGCUGGAAUUUGCAGAUUUAUCCUCAAAUCUAUUGACUGGACACUUGCCUACCUGUCUCUUGGAUUCUAAAGACCGAGUUUCCCUGUAUUCCCGAAAUUGCCUGGCAACUGAAAACGAAAACCAACAUCCAUUUUCCUUCUGUCACAAUGAAGCUUUAGCUGUGGGAAUCUUACCUCACCAUAAGAAGUCCAAAACUUCUAAAGUGGCUCUUGCCAUGGCCAUAACUGGAGGAAUUAUUGGUGGAAUAGUACUUCUUGGUCUCAUUUUCAUGUUUGUUAGGAGGUCGAAUGCGGAUAAGACAAUCAAUAAACCUACUACGAGAGUGAUUGCAGAGAAAGCAACUACCGUGUAUUCAUCAAAGUUUCUAUCUGAUGCAAGGUAUAUAUCGCAAACAACGAAGCUGGGAGCACUUGGACUUCCAGCUUACCGAACAUUUUCACUAGAAGAACUUGAGGUUGCUACAAACAACUUCCACACAACUGCUUUCAUGGGUGAAGGUUCUCUAGGGCAGAUGUAUAGAGGUAGGCUGAAAGAUGGCUCCUUUGUGGCCAUUAGAUGCCUGAAAAUGAAGAAAAGCCGUAGCACUCAAAGCUUUAUGCACCAUGUAGAGCUCAUUUCCAAAUUGAGACAUCGCCAUCUAGUCAGUGCUCUUGGCCAUUGCUUUGAAUGCUACUUGGAUGAUUCAAGUGUCAGCAGAAUUUUUUUGAUCUUUGAAUAUGUACCAAAUGGCACUCUCAGGAGCUGGAUAUCUGGACGUGACAGAUGCUCACUUACAUGGGCGCAGCGCAUAUCAUCGGCGAUUGGGAUAGCAAAGGGCAUCCAAUUUUUGCACACAGGGAUUGUACCUGGUGUGUACUCAAAUCAUCUGAAAAUAACUGAUAUUCUGAUGGACCAGAACCUUGUUGCAAAGAUUAGCAGUUACAACCUGCCCUUAUUAGCCGAAAUUUCAGGGAAGGUAGGCCAUGGAACUUCUGCUCCUCCCAAGGAUCCAAGUACUAGUGCAAGGGUAACAUAUGAUGAUAAGGUCGAUGUUUAUGAUUUUGGAGUGAUUUUACUCGAAAUGAUUCUUGGGAGGCCAUCAAAAUCCAGGAAUCAAGUUCAAGUUCUUAAAAACCAGCUAGAAGCAAUCAUGGCAACGGAUGAUGCAACGAGAAGACGCGUAGCAGAUCCCGCAGUUCGGACAUCUUGUUCGGAUCAGUCAUUGAAAACAAUGAUGGAAAUUUGUGUGAGAUGCCUGGUGAAGGACCCUGCAGAGAGACCUUCUAUUGAGGAUGUGCUGUGGAACUUGCAAUUUGCUGCUCAAGUUCAAGAUGCAUGGCGGGUAGAUUCCCAUAGCAGUGAAGGAUCUCCGAUCUCUCCUUGCGAACCCCAACACCUUCGUGUCGCCUUCCAUUAACAAUAACAUUCAGUAUAUGGCAAUGACAAGAGAAGGAAGGACAGUAGGGGCUAGUAACCCUUUGUUUGUUUGGUACGAAAGAUGGAAAAGUGGAACAUCGGAAAAGAUCUUUCAAUCCAACGGUUAACCGUUGGACUAAAAGUAAUUUCUGUCAUGUUCCUUCUCUACCUUCCCUACCAAACAAGGCCUCAGCAAAUUUUAUUUUAUACUGCAACUGCUACAUUCUUCAUGCCAUCUAAAGACUCGUUUAGUUAAUUAGUUGACAAAGUUUCAGAACCAAAUGCACUUGUUUAUACUAGUUUUCUGAGAAAUACAGAAACCUGUGUUUACAACAGAAAUCCGGAACUAGCUCAUGCUGCCACCCUCUGCAAAUAUGGGAUUCGAAUUUUGGCAUCUGUAAUAUUUUCUGUUAUUCGUAGACUAUGGUGUCUUUUGUACUAAUAUUACAUUAUAUGACUCCCUUAAUUCUGUGUUAUGUUGAAAUCAAUAUUGUGAAGUUUGGCUAUAA